AUGCCACUGCCCCCUUCUUAUCACCCAUACAACAAUUUACAGAACUGCAACAACUCCAUAAAGGAGUCAAUUGAACUCCUACGAAACUCAAACCAAAAACUAAAGGAAUCCACUGGUGACAGUUCACGUUUGAAAUAUAUAUUGUCAACAAAGAAAAUAUUUGGUUUAGUACCUGAGUUGGACUUGGAUGAUGCAAAACAAAGUUAUUCGGAGACCAUUACCCCACAAGUGAAUAAAAGAUUUGUAAAGCUUAAAGAGGAAACCAACCGGUUGGAGCUAAGGCUGAAGGAAUUGGCUCAAGAACUCAAUUUGGCAAGAGAAAGGCUUAAUAGCUAUCGCAGUGGACGAGAAGCUUGGGAACUAAACACAGAAGAGCUACUGCAGGACCCAAGAUACGAUAGACAAAAAUUGAAGAGAUUGAAAGAUUUACAAAAUAUGAGAUCAAGAUUGCAAUUUAAUGUCAAUUUGAUGCAGUCAUAA